CCUUCACCUCUUCCUUCAUGAUCCUACCGCAGCACCGUCUCUGAGGGGAGAAAAGAAGACACUUGCUGAUGAAUUUUGACAGGGCAGCCCGUCAGCCCGACACUCUGAAGAGAGCGAAGUGGAGUCUGAAAUGAAAAGGAAAGCCCCCGGCGGAGAUGACGACAAAGAACCAAAGCCCCACGGUACCAGGAAAGGCAGAUCCUGAGCUAAGGGCUUUGCUGGAGAUGGACAGCCGGAUUCCUUAUGAUGACUACCCGGUGGUUUUCCUGCCUGCUUAUGAGAAUCCCCCGGCAUGGAUUCCUCCUCAUGAGAGGGUAUACCACCCAGACUACAACAAUGAGUUGACCCAGUUUCUUCCCCGAAUCGUCACACUGAAGAAGCCCCCUGGAGCUCAGUUGGGAUUUAAUAUCCGAGGAGGAAAGGCCUCCCAGCUAGGCAUCUUUAUCUCCAAGGUAAUUCCUGACUCUGAUGCACAUCGAGCAGGACUUCAGGAAGGGGACCAAGUCCUAGCUGUGAAUGAUGUGGAUUUCCAAGAUAUUGAGCACAGCAAGGCUGUUGAGAUCCUGAAGACAGCCCGUGAAAUCAGCAUGCGUGUCCGCUUCUUUCCUUACAAUUAUCAUCGCCAAAAAGAGAGGACUGUGCACUAGAGAGUUGCAGCCCAUAGCCCUCCACAUUGAAUCUUCUAGGAUAAGUUGACUAGGCCUCAGGGAAGCCUCUUGGGAAACUCUAGUCUUGGCCCCACCCUGGCAGAGCAGAGUGGGGAGGAUGGGGACACAAUGACGCCCUGCCCCAAACCAGCUAGCCAUCUGCAUUACCCAAACUGUACUGCAGUUUUUGUUCCCUAGUGUUCCAGAUAAGCUUCAUUCCCUGAAAGAACGAUGAUGGUACCUAGGUAUAGCCUGUGGAGAAUCCCGCUAGAAAAGGCAACUGACGUUUAUUGAAUACCAUGUGUGAGACAAUUAUGCAUAAGUCAUAUCGUUUUCAUUAGCAUAUAGAAACCAAAAGAAAAAAGAAUCUCGGGGGCCUUCCACCUCAUCUACCUGGCCAUCUCAUCCCAUCCUUGCACUACCAGUCUCAUACACUCUGGAGACUCCCUGGGACUGUUCCCCCUGCCCCAUCCUCUGCCAAAAAAAGUAAAAGGCAAUGCUGAGGAAA